GCUCCGUCGUCCUCGUUACUGUCUCCCGCGAACUGCGCCUCAUUCUGACCCACGAGCAACGAUGGCGACUCCGCCGCCAAGGAUUCUCCUCUGCGGCGACGUCCUUGGCUGCCUCAACCACCUCUUCAAACGUGUCCAGUCCGUGAACAAGUCCACCGGCCCCUUCGAUGCCCUUCUCUGCGUCGGACAGUUCUUCCCGGACUCCACCGAUGGCCUCGACGAAGUCGCCGACUACAUCGAGGGCCGCUCUGCCGUUCCCAUCCCCACUUACUUCACCGGAGAUUACGGCGUUGGCGCCGCCCGCUUCCUCUCUGCCGCCUCGAAGCUUCCCUCCAACCGUGGGUUCAAGACCGAUGGGCUGGAGGUCUGCCCCAAUCUAUUCUGGUUGAAGGGCAGUGGCAAGUUCUCCCUCCACGGGUUGUCAGUGGUGUAUUUGUCCGGUAGGCAAUCUUCUGGGGCUGAUGAGAGUGGGAUUUACAGCGAGGACGAUGUUGGUGCAUUGCGAGCACUGGCCGAAGAGCAAGGAAUUGUCGAUUUGUUCUUGACUAAUGAAUGGCCAAGUGGGGUCUCCAAUGGAGCUGACCCUUCCAAUACUCCUCCGGUGGUUGCAGACCCAUCGGGCUGUGAUCCUCUUGUUUCAGAGCUGGCUGCUGAAAUCAAGCCUAGGUAUCACAUUGCAGGUACCAAAGGUGUGUUUUAUGCACGUGAACCCUACACCAAUAAUGAGUCUGUGCAUGUGACGCGUUUUCUUGGACUAGCUGCUGUCGGUAACAAAGAUAAACAGAAAUUUAUUCAUGCGAUUUCUCCUACUCCAGCAUCUAUGAUGUCAAGUAAUGAGAUUCAUGCUCGGCCACCAAACACAACUAUGUCACCAUAUUCACUUGGUGAGAAAGUAAGUCAUGCAAGAGAAACUACGAAGCGGCCUAGUGAUUCUGAUACACAAUAUUGGCGUUAUGACACUUCACAAAAGAGGCAGAGACAAGGAGAAAAUGAUAGCGGAAGACUGUGCUUCAAAUUCACAUCUACAGGAUCCUGUUCUCGAGGGGGCAAGUGUCACUUUAGACAUGAUGAGGAAGCCAGAGAGCACUAUAUGAGAAAUGUUUGUUUUGAUUUUCUUAACAAAGGAAAGUGUGAACGGGGUCCUGAUUGCAAGUUUGGUCACAGUCUAGCUGAAUCAGGGGCUAGUUUCCCGGAAAAAGAGAGAGCCCAAAGUGGUCGAGGAAGAACAGAGAGGAGUUGUUGGUUCUGCUUAUCAAGUCCAAACGUGGAGUCACAUCUCGUAUUAAGCAUUGGAGAAAGUUACUACUGUGCACUUGCUAAAGGUCCACUUGUUCCGAACCAUGUACUGCUGGUACCAGUUCAGCAUUGCCCUAACACUCUUACAAUGCCUUUGGAUACUGAAACAGAGCUUGAGAAGUACAAAAGUGCACUCAAUAUAUAUUUUAAGAAUCAAGCCAAAGCAGUUGUUUUCUUUGAGUUGAUAUUUCCCCAGAGUCCUCAUGCUAAUCUUCAGGCUAUUCCUAUCCCAUUGUCUAAAGCAUCCAAUGUCAAGCGGAUUUUCAAUUUAGCAUCCAAGAAAUUAGGAUUUGAAUUUGCAACACUGAAUCCUGAUGGUGACUCUACCCAAGGUAGGCAACUAUUGAGAUCUCAGUUAAACAGCACCUCAAGUAUGUUCUACGUUGAACUUCCUGAGGGUGCAAUUUUGUUGCAUGUUGUUGAUGACAAGGAAAAGUUCCCAGUCCAAUUUGGACGUGAGGUGAUGGCAGGCUUAUUAAAUAUGGCAGAUCGAGCUGAUUGGAGGAAUUGUAAGCUUAGCAAGGAAGAUGAACUGCAAAUGGUGGAAGAAUUCAAGAAUGGGUUUAGAGAAUUUGAUCCAGCUCAAUGAUUCUAAUACAAGUCUCCUUUUGUCUGAGGUGUUCGACGUGCUUAUUGGUUAAAGAGAAUAGCAAGCAGGCAUGCUUGAGCUGUUUGAUCAAGAGAUCGCUAUAAUAUGAGAAACAUUCCCAAGGCCUGCCAACGUUAGUCUUGUGGCAUUUCCUUUGGUGGUGGCCAUGAAUUAUCUUACACUAUGAUGAAAGCCUAUUUGCAUCUGCUAUUUGACCAGUUGUGUCAUUUAACCCUGUAAAACUAAGUGCUACUAUUUCUAUUUUAUUCUUUUACGAGAGACAAUACAGCCGAGUUAAAUUAACGUUGUAUUGAUGUUUCGUCAUAAUACUAUCCGUUUCAAGUUGAAAUGUUAACA